AUCUAAAAUCUAAGACUGGUAGGUACAGAUACUGAUGGUGCCAAAUGAAAGCAGGAUGCAGCUCCCUGGACUGAAAAUGUGAGCACUAAUGAAGAAGAUGGCUGGAUCUUCUGGACCUUCUUAGACAGGCUCGGUGAAACACAAUGGCAGAUGGAGGGAGUGAUGUAGAAACCUUCAGCUCCUUGGAUUUGAUGGUUGUUGACUGACUGGCUGAAACAGGACCCUCAGGCCGUGGUGAAGAUGGCGGCCCGUAGCGUGAGUUUUGACGCAGAUGCCCACUUCAUGGAGACGGGAGUGGAGAGCCCCCUGGACGAAGAUCGAGUUCAUGACUCCUUCACUCAGCUGAUUCAUGAGCAGAGCCGAGACCUGAGCCAUACAGAGACCAUGGAGAUGAACUCCUUUGAUCUAGAGGAGGAGACUAGAGAUGAUUUCCCAUCUCUGAGUUGUGCAGACAGUUGUGCAGGUGUUCCUGAGGAAGCAGAGUUGACUGAUCCGCUGGUGGAGACAUGCUGGUCUACAGCCACUCUCCGAGUGCUCUCCUCCAUGCCGAGCCGAACCAUUGGACGCAGCCGUGGAGCGAUCCUUUCACAGUAUUAUAACCGAACCAUGCAGAUGUGCAGACGCAGACAGAGCCGACCCUCCAUACGAUCCUUCUCCCGUUCGGCCCGGCCCAGCAUCUGCGGCUACCGCGUGGAGACAGACGCUGCCAACUUCGACCGGGAGGAGAAUAAGCGGGAGCGUCUGGUGAAUAACCUGCAGAACCUGUCUGAAAAUGAUCGUGUCCGCAUGUUAAGAGCCAUACCGCUAAGCCUGCACGAGAAGAGGGAACUGAGGCUGUCAGCGCUGAGAAAACCUGGCCGCUCCUUCUCCCGCAACGAGAUCCCCUGCUGCAGCCAGCUGAAAUAUUACAUCAUCAUCGCUUUCAGACACAGCUGGUACAGCUGGCUCUCCUUCCUCUCCUCCCUCCAGUUGUGGCAGACGGCUCUGAAGAGAGUGAGCGGCCGCUUCGGGACUGGCGUCCUCUCAUACUUCGUCUUCCUCAGGACCCUCCUCUUCUUCAACGUUUUCCUGCUCCUGGUGCUGUGCCUGUUUCUGGUGGUCCCCCAGGCCGUGCGGCCCCCCUCGCUGUCCGCCUCACCUCACCUCUAUGGCCUUGAGCUGCUCACCGGGGCGGGCUAUUUUGCAGACUCUGUGAUGUACUAUGGCUACUACAGUAACUACACCCUCACAAAGGCCUGCAAUGGUGCCAGGAACCAGACUUCCUGUGGCUUUCAUCUGUCCUAUAAUAUGCCUUUGGCCUACUUCUUUACCAUUGGAGCAGCCUUCUUCAUUACCUGCAUUAUCCUUGUCUACAGCAUGUCUAAGUCGUUUGGGCAAAGCUUCCGUAUUGACCGGUCCAAAGGCCUGUUAGCCAUGAAAGUCUUCUGCUCCUGGGACUUUAAGGUCACCAAGAAAUCAUCAGUCAGACUACAGCGUGAGAACAUCUCCAUCCAACUCAAAGAGUUGGUGGCGGAGGUUAACCGAAAGGAGGUGAAGUCUUCCUUGUUGCAGCGAUUAUCAGCUUUUUCCAUUCAAUUACUGGCCUGGACGAUAUGUGUCGGUAGCACUGCAGGAUGUGCCUAUGCCAUCUACUGCUUCUCAGAACACAUGCACAAGGAUCUGCAGAUCCGUGUUCGCUCCUCCUCAAACACUAAAGAAAGUCUCCUGCUGAAGGAGGCGAGCCUGCUGGCGCUCCCGGUUGCCGUGUCUUCCAUUAACCUGCUCCUUCCUGGCUUUUUUAACACCGUGGCCUGGAUGGAGGAGUAUGAUUCUCCCAGCAAACGGAACUACGUCGCCAUCUUCAGGAACCUCAUGCUAAAAGUGAGUCUGCUCGGAGUGCUGUGCUAUCAUUGGUUGGGGCGGGUUGCUUUGGAACCAAAGAGUGUGGGCCUGGAGUGCUGGGAGAGUUUUGUGGGACAAGAAUUGUAUCGAUUCCUGCUGAUGGACUUCAUCUUCACGUCAUUGGAUACCUUUUUUGGGGAGUUCCUGUGGAGGUUGUUUUCACAGCGGGUACUAAAGAAGGAGAGAAAGCCUGUGUUCGAUAUUGCACGGAACGUUCUUGAACUCAUCUAUGGACAGACGAUAGCUUGGUUGGGAUUGCUGUUUACUCCGCUCCUGCCUGUAGUGCAGGUCAUUAAGCUGCUGUUUCUUUUCUACAUGAAAAAGACGAGUCUGAUGAGAAAUUGUCAGGCUCCCAGGAAGCCGUGGAGGGCGAGCCAGAUGACCACCUUCUUCAUCACCCUCCUCUGCUUCCCCUCUUUCCUGGGAGCAGCAGUGUGUGUAACCUACACCAUGUGGACGAUAAAGCCAUCUGCGAGCUGCGGACCCUUCCAGGGCCUUAACACCAUGUUCCAGGCAGGGAAGAAAUGGGUGGAACAGCUGGCCAAGGACAACCCUCGACUGACCUGGCUCACCUGGGCUCAUACGUACCUGGUGGAGAACCCUUUCUUUCUCUUCCUCGCUGCUGGCAUCUUCCUAAUUGUGAUCUACUUCCACAGCCAGGUGGUAGAUGGACAGAGGAAGAUUAUCGAGUUGCUUCAGGAGCAGAUUGAAAACGAGGGGGAAGAUAAGAAGUUUUUGAUCACUAGACUACAGACCAUCCACGAACAGAAACGCCCAUUUUCUCCUCGCCGCGUCAGGGGAGCCAGUCAGGAAUCUAGCUUCUCAUGACACCUUCCAGCCUCUCUGUCCUCCCUUAUUGAGAGUGGAAUUGCGUCUGGAGCCCCCCACAGUCCAUGGCAGGGCAUAGGGGGGUUUGCGUUGUUACGACUCCAACAGAAGCAUCCAGACGAUAUCGAUCAACAAACUCAGCAGACUCCUCCAACCUGGAACUGGUGUUGAGGAAUCCCUGCAUCUCAGCCUCAGCUUCAUCUCUCAGAGAAAACUACUGGAUCGCUUUGGGAUCUUCAUCUCAUCUUUAAAAUACCACUGAACUCUACAGAAGCAGCUCCUCUACGUCGGACGGAGGGAUGAUGUGGAAGUGGAAAUGUCAGUCCACUCCGACACUUGUCUUGCAGAGACUUGCACAUUUGUAUAAACUGUUUUUUUUUUUUUUUAGUAUAAGAUUUUUUAUAUUAGAUUUUUAAAAGGAAGAUCAGGGUAGAAAACAGAUGUUGGUUUAGGAAAUUUGGACACUGACCUGAACCUCUGCACCUGGUACCAAACCACUCAGUAAAAACUGUGUAAAAUCUUUGAAAGUUAGAUUCUGUGAACCUCUUAUACUGUAUUUAUGUAUAAUAUUUAAUACGAUUUUGUAUGAUGCAUGUUUUUCUUUUUAACACACGCUCUUAAAAAUAAAGGUGCUUUAAAUGGUUCUCUGCCAUUAUUAAGCAUAGAAGUGUGACCUUUUGCUCCAUACAGAACUAAAAUUGGAACCAUUCAAUUGUUUUUAAAGGUUUAAUAAGGAUUCUUUACAAUCACACAUUGCAUAGUUUGGAAACAUGCUUUUUAUGGAGCCCAAAGUUGUUCUUAUACAGUUGGCUAUAGCCAAGAACCAUUUGAAGCACCUUUAAAGGCUCAUUUAUGUUUGCUUUAAAUAUGAAAAUGAGUACAGUUGUUUUAGCAUCCCCUAGAGGACAGUAUAGAGCCAAUAGUUAAUUCUCUGAAAUAGGGGUGUUCCAUAUCGUAUCGUACGCAAUAUUUUAUGUUUUCAGCAAAAGAAAACUGUAAACUACUAUAUCAACUAGAGACAGAUUAUAUCUGUCCAGUAUCAUUCAUUUUACUUUAAUCAUGGAUAUAUGGAGAUAUAGGAGCGUGCCAUGUCAUAUCUUAUGCAAUAAUAGAAUUACAUUUUUAUUUUGUUGCAGUAGUAUAUACUUUGUCCUGUUGCUAAGCGUAUCGUUAUCGCAAAAAUACCAUAAAAUAUCAUGGUUAUUUUAGGGGCAUAUCGCCUACCCCUACUUUCUGGCCGUACUUUAGAAGCUCUGUUUCUGUAAGCUUUUAGAGAACGUAAAAAAUAUGGCCAAAUUAAAGCAGAGGAUGUGCAAGGUAAGCUUUCAAAUAAUGUGCACAAAUCUGGACAAUUGGAAAAUUAAAGCAGAGCACAAAGAGAAAGUCCUGUCUGCAUCCAUGAAGCUUUUAAAGAAUGUGCAUAAAUACAUAUUAAAUAAAAGCAGAGUACAGACAGAAAGCUCCAUCCAUGUUUACAAGUUUUAGAGAAUGUGCACGAAUACGGGCAAAUACAGAUGGAUACAGUAUAUACAGUAUAUACAAAAAUAUGGACAGAAGACUCAGUCUGUAUCUGUAAGGGUUCAGAGAAUGUGCAUAUAUAUGGAAGAAUAUAUAAUAAGAGUGUACACAACCCCCUGUGUUCAGACUGUGAAACAUGGUAGAUAUUUAUGUAUUAUGUAAUUGUGAAAAAACAUGAUAUACUAUACAGAACUUCAUGAUCAUGCAUAGACAAGGGAGAACCACUGCUCAAAGGGCAAUUUUGCUACAGUACUUCAGUUAAAUCAUGUUGGGUAACUAAACUCUCCUCCACACACAAGAAAACCCAUGAACACCAUGAGGCUUUUUUUUUUUUUGUACCUUGAUUAUAAUGUACCUUUUUAAGAUUUGUUACAAAGACAUGCGUUUCAAAACAGCAAAGAAAGUAUGGAAAUGUAUGUACACUUUACAUCUUCUCAUCUCUGUCUCAGAGGUCCUUAUAAAUAUAUGAUUUACAUAUUAAAUUAAAUAGAUAACUUCAA